UCCUCUCCUGGGUGUGUCAUGUGACGGGGGAGCCGCCGCUCUGCCGCAGCAACAGUAAGAAGAAGACUAGCAGCUGUGGGUCGGAGUGCAGUUAAUAUGAGACCGAGAACAGCGAAGCGAGGUCUGUGUCACAAAGAGACAGAGACAGACACGCAGCCACCGAGGUAUCGCCGGGGAACAGCAGUUCAAUAGCAGCACCCUCACAGAGUUAUUGAUUGCAAUGCAAGUCUUAUAAUAUAGUCACACCCGAAGCAGCAGCAGUAACAUUAACAAAGCAGCGGCACCGGGGAAGAGAGAGAACUGCUGUCACCGGCACACCGGCGGAGAGAGACACGGCAAGGUGAAUGUAUUGAAUCAGGUGAGUCUGUGACUCAUCCUCAUCGGUAACUCCUGACAGCGGGGAUUCCUGACAGGACUGCGCAGGACGGACAGCGAGAGCACGUUUACAAAGUGUGACUGGCUGGUUGCCAUGGCGCUGGAUGACAGACCUUCCAUAAACUCCACCCCUUGUGACAGUGAAGAGGAGGAGGGGCCUGAAUCAGGGGAGACCCAACCCCUGCUGAGCAGCGAGGAGGGCUCAGCGCAGUGUUGCUCCGCUCGCUUUAACCUCGCCUUUCUCAUGUUCCUGGGCUUCUGCAUGGUCUACGCCCUGCGUGUCAAUCUCAGCGUUGUCAUGGUAGCCAUGGUCAACGGAACAGUGGCGCAGCCAAUUGGCAACAGCUCCCAGGUGGAGGUGUGUCCGAAACAUUCCAGCAAUGAGGGCAACUCGACCAAUGAGGGGCCCCCAGGGGUGCCUCAGUAUGACUGGAGCUCUGAGACGCAGGGUGUGAUCCUCAGCUCCUUCUUCUAUGGGUACAUCCUGACCCAGGUUGUGGGGGGGUACCUGUCGGACCGGUUCGGGGGGAAGCUUUUCCUGGGUUUUGGGGUGCUGUGCACGGCAGUGCUGACUCUGCUCACCCCGCUGGCAGCCAGUCUGGGGGUCCCCUGCCUCAUCGCACUGAGAGCAGCCGAGGGUUUCGGAGAAGGCGUAUCCUUCCCUGCGAUGAACGCCAUCUGGGCACGCUGGGCCCCUCCCCUGGAGCGCAGUCGCCUCGUGACCUUCUCAGCAGCAGGUGUUAGUUUCGGUACCUUUGUGGCUCUGCCUGUGACAGGCUUCUUGUGUCAGUCCCUGGGCUGGCCAUCUGUCUUCUACAUCUUCGGUGCUGCUGGCUGUGUCUGGUCUGUGUUCUGGUUCUCUCUGGUGUCCGAUGAGCCUCACUCUCACCCACGAAUCAGCAAGUCCGAGCUUAAUUACAUCACUGACUCCAUCGGCUCACAGGGCAGUGCUCAGGGCUGGUCAGUGCCUGCUGUCUCCAUGCUGGGCUCCUUGCCUCUCUGGUCCAUCGUUGUGGCUCACUUCUCUGCAAACUGGUCAUACUACACCCUGCUGACCACACUGCCCACCUACAUGGAUCAGGUGCUGCGCUUCAACAUCAAGGAGAAUGGGUUCCUCUCAGCACUGCCCUAUGUGUGCUGCUUUCCGGUUGUUUUGCUGUCCGGUGCACUGGCUGAUUUGCUGCAGGAGAGACGCCUCCUCAGCACCACUGCAGUGCGCAAGAUAUUCACUGUCUCAGGCAUGGUGUUACCGGCAGUGUUCCUGGUUGCCACAGCGUUUAUUGGCUGUGAUUACCGCUGGGCUGUCGUGUUCCUCACCGUGUCCUCCGCCCUGACCGGGUCCAGCAGCGCCGGCUUCAACAUCAACCACCUCGACAUCGCGCCCAGGUAUGCCGGGAUACUGCUGGGAAUCACAAACUCCUUUGGGACCAUCCCUGGGAUCGCAGCCCCCACGGUGGUAGGAUACCUCACUGCACAGCACUCUCUCUCCGGGUGGAGGAUGGUGUUUUUCAUCUCCGCCGGGAUCAACAUGUUCGGAGCACUGUUCUACUGUGCCUGCGGGACUGGGCAGCUCCAGAGCUGGGCGAGAGAGGAGCAGAGCCCGGGCCAAGGACACAAGGACAGAUGGGCAGGAGACUGCUGAGGGACAGACGCACAGACCAUUCACUGAGACAGACUCCAGGGAGGGUCUGUAUUCAACACAGAGACAGACGGCCAAGCAGACAGAAAACGAUUGAAAGGACAGACACACAGACCAGUGGGCUAACUUACAGACACAGGCAGGCUGGCAGACAGACAGACAGGUCCCUUCAUCCCUCCCUUCAUCUUCUGUCAGGUUCAGAAUUAAAUUCCAUUGCAGAUGCUUUGAUUAGAUGUCUUUUUCAAUGUUGAAACAUUUGUUAUUGAAUGUGUUCAGUUUCAUUGAGCACUUCUAAAUCCAGCAGUAUUGAGUGUUGGUUAGGUAUGGAUGAUUCUCUCAAGUUCAGUGAGUCUGUUUGAAUCAGAAACAUGGUCUCAGCUCUGUGUUUAAACUGCAGAUUGAAUGUGUGUUAAUAUCAGAGUAAUUCUAACAGGAGGGCUGCUUCACUCUGGAACUGCAGGGGUCCGAUCCUCUCUUGCAGGGGGCACUGUGGGGGUCUCUUGCGACACCCCCCUCCCCUUAAUAUAUCUCCUGUGUCCGUCGAGCCAGACUGAACAGGGAUGAGGGGACCAGCCCGUUCAAGUGACUGUCUGUCUGCAGCGAAACAGAAACACUCACAGAAAUAAUCAUGUCUUUGUAUUCUGCACAAAACCUACACAACUGAAAACAGAUGAUGUGGAAGCUACAUGAUACAUACUUUAAAAAGUGGAGAUUUUCAAGGGAUUUUUUUUUAAUGCCUUGCUUAUUAACAGGGGUUAAAGGGACAUGGUAUGAGCAGCCACUGUAGACAUGCAUUCUGAAGGCCAUCUGCAUGAAGUUUUAAUAGAAAUCAUUAAAUAAUAAACUGCUUUAAUUAAACAAUUAAGAGCAGCCUCCUAUCCCUGACCUCAAAGGGACAGAACAGGACGGGAUUCCCUGAUUGCUACCUCCUAAACGGACUUUCCCAUUUUUAAGAUGACAGAUCCUUCUGUUAAUGUUGUGCAGUCAAUGUAAAUCAAGGGUGUUUAAUUACACGUCGAUCAGGAACGUUUUAAUUUAAUACAAGUAAAGGCAUUUCCUUUACAUUUUUUUAAGUGUAUUAAAUGAAUAAAAGAAGCUGCUUGUGAUAUUUUGUUAUUGGAGAGGGUGAUACAAAAGAAAAGUUAAAGCCCAGAUUAAACCAGCUUUUUAAAAUGCAUUAAAAUAUAAAUAAAGGAAAACAGUAAAGUCAGGGCAUUCAUUUUAACAAGUGGUUCCUGACUGCUACAGUUGGCCUUGUGAGGGCAGUGCCUUCCACACGCCAGGGUUUUGAGACAGGAAAUGUACUGAGUGGUGUGGAGUGUGUCUCCAUCUUGAGGCCGACAGCUCUGUAAUGUUUUGGGUCUCUGAGAGGUGAACUUGCCAGCUACUGCGCAACAUGGGUACAACUCAGGAAGCAAACAUCGUACAACAGGAAACGGGGGCUGCUGCAGUGUGUGUGCUGUCAUGGCAACACCCCUCUGAAAUAGGCCUGUUAUUAUUGAGUGCUUUGAAUCCUUUAUUGUUUUCUCAGUAUCUCUGAUUUUUACUCAUUCCCAUACACGGGAGCAGGAAUUUGUUUUGUUUUUAAAUAAAAAAAGGGAAUCCAGCAGUCAA